GGCCAGCUGUCAUAGAGAAGCUUGGACCAAUCAGCGUCGUCCAAACAACAACAACAUGGCCAGGCUGCAGAGAUUACUGUUAAGUGCAGCCCUGGUGGUCCUGGUCUGUGCUGUGGACCGUAACAACUUCAAGACAUGUGAUCAGAGUAGUUUCUGCCGGCGUCACCGAGCCGUGCGUCCCGGCGAGAGUCCAUAUGUGGUGCUCGGCUCAACUUUGAGCAUCACUGAUGAGGGUGUGUUUGGCGACCUGCUGAAUGAGAAGACAAGGGUAUUCUUUACAUUGGAGUUGUACCCACUCAAGGAUGCCACACUGCGCAUCAAGAUCAACGAGAAAAAUCCCAUCAAGCAGCGGUUUGAGGAGCCGUAUGCCCUCGUGGGAGGCAGCCAGACUGAACAAUUUGAGGUAGUGGACCGUUCAGAGGAAGGCUUCACCCUUAAGUUUGGGUCCAGCCAUGCUGUAGUGAAGGCCAAGCCACUCAAGAUAGAUGUAUACAGUGGGGACACCCUUGUUGUCAGUGCCAAUGCCCGCGGCCUCCUCAAGUUUGAGCACUACCGCAACAAGCCGGAGGGUGAGCCACAGGCUCCUGAAGGAGAGGAGGAGGCAAAUGCUGUUCUUGAGGAUGAGGAGGACACAAAUGGUUUAUGGGAAGAAACCUUCAAGGGUCACACAGACUCCAAGCCUCAUGGACCUGCCUCUGUGGGCAUGGACAUAUCCUUCGUAAACUCAAAACACGUGUAUGGGAUCCCAGAGCACGCUGACAGCCUCUCUCUGAAGGAGACCACAUCAACUGAACCCUACCGUCUGUACAACCUGGAUGUGUUUGAGUAUGAGGUGGACAAUCCCAUGGCACUGUAUGGUUCAGUGCCAGUUAUGGUCUCCCACACUCCUAAGCACACAUCUGCCAUCUUCUGGCACAAUGCAGCAGAGACCUGGGUGGACAUCAAGAAACUUCCUGACCGCAACGUUGUGUCAUCCAUCACUGGCUUCUUCUCAGGAGGUGACUCUGACCCACCUCAGAUGUCCACCCACUGGUCCUCUGAGUCAGGCAUCAUUGACCUGUUUGUGAUGCUUGGCCCUCGACCGUUGGAUGUUUUCCGCCAGUAUGGAUUGCUGACAGGAAACACCAAUCUGCCUCCGUUGUUCAGCUUGGGGUACCAUCAGUGCCGCUGGAACUACAAUGAUGAGGAAGAUGUGAGGCAGGUGAAUGAGAACUUUGACCAGCAUGACCUUCCCAUGGAUGUCCUGUGGCUGGACAUUGAGCACACAGAUGGCAAGAGAUACUUCACUUGGGAUACACACAAGUUCUCCAACCCACUGGAGAUGACUGCCAACCUCACUGCUCGGGGACGCAAGCUGGUCACCAUUAUUGACCCACACAUCAAGCGUGACAGCAACUACUUCUUCUAUAAGGAGAACCAUGACCGUGACCUCUUUGUCCACACCAAGGAUGGGUCUGAGUUUGACGGUUGGUGCUGGCCUGGCUCUUCAUCCUACCUGGACCUGACCAAUCCUGAGGCACGCAACCACUACAGUGACACCUACAUGCUGGACCGCUACAAGGGCUCGACCCUGGACACCUUCACCUGGAAUGAUAUGAAUGAGCCCUCAGUGUUCAAUGGACCAGAGAUCACUAUGCAGAAGGACAAUGUUCACCCUGGCCUUGGAGUGGAGCACCGAGAGAUACACAACGUAUAUGGCAUGCUCUUUCAUCAGUCCACCUAUGAGGGUCAGCUGCGGAGGUCAGAGGGUCGCCUGCGCCCAUUCAUCUUGACCCGUGCCUUCUAUGCUGGGUCACAGCGUUCUGCUGCUGUGUGGACAGGUGACAAUACAGCUGACUGGAAUCACUUGCGCAUAUCUGAGCCCAUGCUGCUGGCACACUCUGUCACUGGUAUCACCCACAUUGGUGCAGAUGUUGGUGGGUUCUUUGGCAACCCUGAUGCCUACCUUCUGACCAGAUGGUACCAGGCAGCAGCAUUCCAGCCAUUUAUGAGAGCCCAUGCCCACCUGGACACCAAGAGACGUGAGCCCUGGCUGUUUGAUGCAGAGACUCUCAGUAUUAUCAGGAAUACCUUGAGGCAUCGCUACCAGUACCUGCCUCUGUGGUACACCUUGUUCUAUGAGAAUGAGUUGACAGGUGCUCCCCCCAUGAGGCCUCUAUGGGUGGAGUUCCCAGAAGAUGAGACUUCCUUUGACGUUGAUUAUGAGCACCUGGUUGGCUCGGCCCUGCUGGUGCGGCCAGUGGUGACAGAGGGCUCCAACACUGCCUCUGUCUAUUUCCCGCCUGGUGUGUGGUAUGAUGUCAUAGACCUCACCAAGUACACUGGGCCAAGCUCCACCACAGUGUCUGCCCCUAGAGACAAGAUUCCUGUGUACCAGCGAGGUGGCAGCAUCAUCCCACGCAAAGACAGAGUGCGACGUGCCUCCUCACUGAUGCGGGAGGACCCCUACACCCUGGUGGUGGCCCUGGAUGCACAGGACAAGGCUCAGGGCACGCUGUACAUUGAUGAUGAACAUACCUUUGAUUACCGCCAGGGCAAAUUCCUCUACAUGGGACUGUCAUAUGAGAAGGGAGUGUUGACAUCACAUCGACUGGACCCCAGUGGUAUCUACGAGACAGGGUCGUGGCUGGAGAGGGUCAUCAUUAUUGGGCUUGACAAGCGGCCAGCCAAGGUCACCUUAAACAGUGCCUCACAAGGCACCCAGGUGCUGGAGAGCUCCUAUGAGAAUGGCAGCAGUGUACAUGCAGGCCGUCUCACUAUACGCAAGCCAGGCAUCAGCAUUAAAGAAGACUUUACUAUCACCAUUCAAUGAGUGUUGUUUAGUCCACUUAGCAAGUACAUAUUACAUCUAGGGAGGGUUUAGAAUACUGUAGGAAGAUAAUAUUUUUUCUCUCCCUUUAUUUUAUUUUUUUUUUAUUUAUUUUUUUUUGUGAAUUUGUUUCUCAAAAGAAAAUUGUGUUGUAAGUGAUACUAAAAUUAGUUUUCUUAUUUAUUAUUAAGUGCAAUUUCUUUCUUUAAAUGAUAUCAGUGUUGAAAGGAUUACAUUUCAGAUCAUGAGAUAUGUUGUGGUUCCUACAUAUGGGGCAUGUUGUUGUAUCUAGGCAUUUUUUACACACACACACACACAAAAAAAAAAAAAAAAAAAAAAAAUCAGACAUUUUGUGGUAUCUAUUUAUUAGAUUUUAGGCAGUUUGUUUGAAAAGACAAACUGUAACAAGGGGAUAUGUAUAGAAUAUGUGUAUGUAUGUAUUUGUAGAUGUGAUGAAUUCAUACACAUACAGUACCAAAACAAGCACAUAAUGUGUAUUCUCAUGUUUGAUCACUUGACAGCAUGGCUGAGUGAAUGUUAAUGAUUUUUUAAGUACCAUGUAAUUCAAUACAUCAAAAUGGCAUGAGAUACUUCAAGGGAGGCUGCACAGAGCUGCUGCUGCUGCUGCUGCUGCCGCUGUAGAGAUGAGGAGGUAAAGAAACAACCACAUAGUAUUUAUUAAAGCAGAGGUGAACCAUGGUGAGGUGGGAGUUGUUGUCAGGACCCCAAGGUGUCCUUUGUGAUGACUUGGGUCUAGAAGACUAGAAUUUGUUAUAUUCAUGAAAGUUUGGAUAUAGACUUAAUAAGUUUACCAAAAUAAGUAUGGACUACCUUAAUUUUUUUAGGGGUGGAAGAGUUAUUUUGUAAUUGCAUCCUUGUUGAAGACGAAAGUAUAGUCCUAAAAGCAUUUGGAACAAUAUGGUGCAACACUUAAAAAAUGUUUGCGCUCUUGAUGUGAAUAUGAACUCAGGUUUCGUAGUUUGGCAAAUGAAUUGCAAGUGUCUGUCACAAGUCACAUUCCAGAAAUGUAUGUGAGAAUGCACAAUGCUUAGAAAAAUUAAAAAGUUUUAUAUUCA